ACCUUGCCUUUACGUGUAAUGAAUUAUGUACCAGAUAUACAAGAUAUCAUAGUCAGCAAAACCGAAAGCACAUUCAAAUCGAUAGAAACCGAAUUCUACAGCCAAUAUAGCCGAAGUGUUGCACGAUCCAUAUUCGUACUAAUGGCAAGGGCUGAAAAAUCUUUAGUAAAACUAUUGAAAUCGAACCACCUGACAGCAGCAAAUACAGCCCCGAUGCCACCACUUCAGUUUGUUCAGCAGAUUCUUGUUCCAGAGAUAGCUGCACGACUUAUCCAAGAAGAUAAGAAUGUUUCUUACGACGACGCAGUGGAUAUCAUGAAAAAGAGUGCUAAAUUCGGCAGUACCAUCAAUCCCACCAUAGAUUCGGAUGAAAGUGAAAGCAGUGAUGAAUGAUUAUAAAAAGCAACACGAAUCAUAACCCCUUAUGCAGUUCUGCACUUUUUUUUGU